CCCGCCCCGGCUAGGGGGGAGGGGCCGCCGUUACUCCGGAGCUGAGAGGAGGGGCUGGGCCGCGGCUCAGGGAGAGGAGCCUGGGGCCAGGCCAGGAGCAUGGGAGUGAGGAUGGAGAGCGGCAAAAGGAGGAGCCCAGUGAGCGAAUACCCAGCCAUUCCCAGAUAUGGUCCAGCAAGCCCAUUUAAAGGACAUUUAAGUACUCAGAGUAAUGCUUUUUGCAUUGACUCCUCCCGGAGACUAAAUAACCAGUACCUGAUCAGGGAUCACAUGGCUGUUCAUUAUAACAAAAUCCUUUCAGCCAAAGCAGCUGUAGACUGUUCAGUGCCAAAAAGCAGGUUAACCAGCAUCAAAUUUGCAGACCAGCAACGGAGAGAGAAACUCAAGAAGGAAAUUGCCAGGUGUGAGAAGGAGAUGAGCUCGGCAAAAAAUGCCUCACGGUCCAGCUCCAGAGGGAGCCGGAGGCCACUGUUAUCCACUUUUGUAAAGAGUUCAUUUGAAGCAGAAGCCAAUGACCAGCUAUCUCCUCACGCACAAAAUGCACAGAAGCAUUUGUCUAGAUCAUUACUGUCUUCAGACAGGCAAGGCCUGGAUCUUCCCAACCUUGCAAAAUAUGUUAGAAAAGAUACUCGGAAAACAUCUAAUGCCUCGAUCUCUAAUUCAAGUGUCAAUGUUUCAAGUCCACAAAGAAAAUACUCUGGAGUUUCAUACAGUUCUUCUGCUGAAAGUGUUAUGAACAUCAGUCCUUCUCACAAGCGUCAGGAUACUGAAUCCAAAGUGUACAGUGGGGAUCUCCUAGAUAGGCACUCUGACCACUUUACUGACAGCCAUCAACCGUUCACUCCACGCACCUUAAAAUCAGAUGCUAAAUCCUUCCUGUCACAGUAUAGGUAUUACACACCUGCUAAAAGAAAAAGGAAGGACCCCCCCAAGCAGCAGGUGGAAGCAGAAACACAAACUGACGUGAGCAGUUUUCAAUCCGAGGCCAGAGAACCUGAGAGAAAAGAUACAGCCAUACUGCAGAAGAUCAUAACACAGGCUGAAGUCACAUCUGUUCCAGAUGAGUCUGAGGGAAGGAUGGAUGCUUUUCAGUACUCCUUGCCAAGCAUGACAUCCAUGUAUUCUAUGGAAUCCUCAGCAAUGAGAAAAAUCCAGGCUGAAGAAGAAGAGCUUCGGUAUUUGAGUUUCAUUGAAGAUGUAACAGAUGAAAUUCUGAAUCUUGGAUUAUUUUCCAACAGGGUUUUGGAGAGAUUGUUUGAGCGUCACAUAGAGCAAAAUAAGCACCGUUUGGAUGAGAACAAAAUGCGCCAUCUACUGGAUGUCCUCAAAGUCGACCUGGGCUGCAACACAGAGAAAUCUGAGAGAGUCAGUGGCAGCAUGGAAGUGAUUGACCCAUUUGAUCUGGAAAGAUUUGAGACCUUGGACCAGCUCCAAUUUGCCAGCAAAAAUUGGAAACAAAAUAAGACUACGAAAAGUGAGGAGUUCCUAAAAGCCAUGGAUUUAUUAUCAAAGGAGACAAACAACCUAAAACACCCCUUGCACAGUGAAACUUCAAAGCAGAUACAUGACAAGGAUAUCUUUUCAAAAGAUAUAACUGAAGCGGUGAGUGUUGGAACAGAUCCUUACUCUUCAGUGCAAUCUGAAGAAGCCCCAGAUAUUUCACACACAUUUGAGCCAACACUGAACUCAACCACAUGCGACAGUGACUUUGAAUCAAAUAAGGAACUUGAUGAUCUUGAGGAAAACUUUGCAGGGGCCCUUCAAAUUUCCUCUAUGUAAAGUAGUAGACAAGAACUAGCUGCAGAAUAGGACAGUAGACUGUUGCAGAGAGCUGACGUUUGUUAAAUAAAUGCUAGUGAAUCAUGCAUUUUACCUUUAACUUUUCUCUUUGGACACUGCUGUAGCCUCUCCAGCAGGAGUACAAGUAUUAUUAAUCAGGCUUUAACUGAUUCAUGUACUAACAUACACUUGUAGUGUAUCAAAUGACACUGGUUAAAAAGGACUUUCUAUAUUUCAGCUAAGUGUCUAAUUUGGAAAUAACUGUUGAAAGUGCUGAAAUUAGAGGUAUAUAUUUUUAGGAUUAUUAGAGAUGUAAUAAUAAGUUAUAUUAUUUAUUCUUUGUUUUUAUAAUAAAUGAGUGCAAUAACUCAAGCGUUUAAAGCACAGUUGUAAUACAAUACGCUUUUGCCACCAAGAGCUAAGAUCACAGCUUAAGCUGUUACUGAACAUUUCAGUAUCACUUUGCAGGAAGAAUUCAGGAUUGAUCAGCAUCAGAAAACAAGAUACAGAGUUUAGUGUCUGCAGGAAAUGUGCAGAGUGAACAUGGAGUCUCUUGCAUCCACGUUGGAGGGGAUUUCUGCAUCUCUUGGCACUCCUAGUCCAUUGUUCAAGGUUGUCCUAAAUUCCCAAAAGGAGAUGAACCCCUCUUUAAAUCCAGUUACAUAGGAACGACCUGUGUACAUAUAGUCACAGUCUAAAACGUGUGCGUUUCUCUAUGCCAGUGACUGGCUGCUAGGGGGUGAUCAUUUCUCCUUUCACUCCCUUCUUUCCUGUAUUCAUCGCCAGAUCUUUUCUACCCUGUCUUUACCUGCUGUAGAAAGCAGUGGAACUUCUCCCAUAAUAGCAACCCUCAGUCUUCACUUAACCUCCUGCCGUCUUGCUUGGCUAAGAAAGGAUAUCUUUUGGUAACUGCUGCAGUUGGCUGGCUUUGUUGGUACACUGUUU